GCCUCGUUGAGCUGCGAGUGUGUUGGGGUAGGGUGUAUGGCGUGGUUUGGGAUUGGGCCAUCCUGAAUCCAAUCAUUCGAAGUCGGCGGCUACAGGAAGAGGAAGAACUCGGCUGAGAUCAUGUUGAUCGCCUUGCUUUGCGGAGCUGUCGUGUUUCCAGGACUUUUCUUUAGCUUCAGGAAAGGACUGAGAGACACGUUCACACACUGGAGUGAAGCCGAUGUAGUUUGCGUCAGUGAGAGGCUGGUUUCUGCCAUCCAUGCAUCUCUGGCUACUGCAGCUGGAGUCACAGUGGUGGCAUCCUGCAAUGACGUCAUGACUGACAGUCACUGGCUGGUCAACUGGUUUGUUUUGUUUGGAGCUCCCUAUAUGGCCUGUGACAUCUUUGCCAUGUAUCUGAGCCACUACCACACUCAGAGGCUCAGAGGUCAUUCCAGCUCAUUGAGCGGCCACUCUCUUCAGACGGUGAAGGCCUUCCUCAGCAAGGACAGGAUGUUGGUCCUCCAUCACCUGGCGCUGCUACUCAUUUUUAUGCCCAUCACUCUGUUCUUCAGGAGGGGACUGGGGGAUUUCUUCAUCGGCUGCUUGUUCACCACAGAGUUCAGCACACCUUUCGUCUCUGUCGGAAAGAUUCUCAUCCAG